AUGUCUACCGGAAAAUCUCACGUCAAAGGUGUCUUGCUUGUUGGCAGUGUGCCCGGCAAGGACACAGAAGACGUUUUGCGCAGGCUGGCUCCAGCACUUGGAAGCCGUCUCAAGUACAUCCCCGAUGGAGAGACUGGCCAACGCAACUAUUUCAUCGGCUGGCAAAUGUACAAAUUCGGCGCUUUUCCCGAAGUCGUCAGUCAGUUCGGCCAAAACGGAAAGUUCGAGGAUACCNCCGUGCCGGAGGAAAAGAUCAGAGAAGCAGCCGAAAAGCUAGAGGGCAUGUCGACUGAUUACGAUACCGCGGCGCUCGAGUCUUAUCCAAUCUUCAAGAAGCUGAAGGAAGAGGGUUUGAUUCCUAAGGAAGUCAAGUUUCAGGUCUGCUUGCCAUCGCCAUUGACGUUCGUAUCGCCAUUUAUCGUGGGCGAUUACAAGACCGCAAUCGAACCUGUCUACGAGCGCGCCAUCCUCAGAGCUGUCGAUAACAUCGCCAAAACCAUUCCAGAGCAGGAAUUGGCUAUUCAAUGGGAUGUCCCUCUUGAAUUUGCUUUGCUAGAGGGUGUCUGGGUACAACCUUGGUUUUCUCCUCUCAAGCAGGGGAUUCUGGACCGCUGGCUCAAGUUGACUGCAGCAGUCAACCCGGCCAUCGACAUGGGUUUCCACUUCUGUUACGGCGAUAUCGGACACCAGCACUUUACUCAGCCCAAAGAUAUGAGCUUGAUGGUCGAUAUGGCCAAAGCGCUUUNNUUGAGCAAGGUCGACAGACGUGUUGAUUACAUUCACAUGCCUGUGCCCAAGGACAGAGAUGAUGCAGCGUACUUUGCUUCUCUGAAGAAUUUGCAAACUGUCAGGNGCGACACUGACAUUUAUCUUGGUCUUGUGCACGCUGAUGAUCUGGAGGGUACGGAGCGUAGGAUCAAGGCUGCUUCUGAGGUGCUUGAUAGCUUUGGUGUUGCGACCGAGUGUGGAUGGGGAAGAACUUCUCCCGAAGAAAUUGACUCGAUUGUGCAGAUCUCAAAUGCUGUCUCGAAGUAG